GGCAGAGCAGCGGGCACCGAGUCAGCUGGCAGAACAGCGGGCACCAGGUCACCAAGCUCGACAGCGGGCACCGAGUCAUCUGGUACGACAGCGGGCACCGAGCCAUCUGGUGCGACAGCGGGCACCGAGCCAUCUGGCAUAACCGCGGGCACCAAGCCAUCUAGCAGAACCACGGGCACUAAGUCAUCUAGCAGAACCGCGGGCACCGAGUCAUCUGGCGGAACAGCAGGCACGAGUCAUCUGGCAGAACAGCGGGCACUGGGUCACCAAACUCGACAGCGGGCACCGAGUCAUCUGGCACGACAGCGGGCACCGAGUCACCAAGCUCGACAGCGGGCCCCCAGGGCGUCAGGCUGGACCGCGGGCACCGGGGCGUCAGGCUGGACCGCGGGCACCGGGGCGGCAGGCUGGACCGCGGGCACCGGGGCGGCAGGCUGGAUCGGGUCAUCAGGCUGGAUCGGGUCAUCAGGCCGGGUAGGAUCAUCAGGCCGGGUAGCGUACACUGGGUCAUCAUGCAUCCGGGCAUCAGGCUGAACAGCGGGCACCGGGGCACCAGGUUGGAUAACAGAAGGCGGGUUCUCAGACCGCAGGCUGACCGGGUUAAAGGCAGGAUAGGUGCAGCGAGUGGGAACAGGG